AUGGCGCAUACUUCAGCAAAUUUCUAUUUUAGGGACAUAAUCAAAAGUCGAAAACUGCCAAUCCCGGAAGAGCCAAUACUUUUCCUUAAACCGUCAACUUCACUAAUACAAGAAGGUCAAAAUAUAAUUAUUCCUAAAGUCUUUAGUAAGGUGGCUCAUGAAGUGGAAUUGGCGUGCGUGAUUGGGAGGCGCUGCAGAAACGUUUCCAAAGGGAGUGCCAUGCAAUUCGUGGGUGGGUACUGUUUAGCUUUGGAUAUGACAGCCCAGUGUUCGUUGCAAGUCGCCCGAAGUAAAGGCAUGCCUUGGUCUCUGGGGAAAGGUUUCGAUACAUCGACAUCGGUUUCCCGAUCGUUUCAGUUGCAGCCGCACAGUGUUUUAAUUGUUUGUUACGCAAUCUUAAGAAUUGACCUCUUGUUCAGCUCUCCUCAAAGUAGAUACCUUUCUACCUAGCUGAUCACCGAGUCCAGAACUUUUUGAUUGUUCUAAUACUGGCUUUUUUAGUAAAUGGAUGCGGUAACGGAAGGUGUAAAUUUAAAAACCUGUUUUUCAACGAACAGAGAAAGGAGUGUUCACUUACCUUUAACCGCAGAUAACGGAGGGAACAAAAUUUUCUUCUCAUGUUCCUUCCUGCUCUCUGAAAUUCCUGAAUUAAAAAAAUGAAUUCGAAGAUAUUUCCCAGAUAAACUGGUUUUCAUUUUUUACCUUCAACUACAAAGUUCCGAAAAAUGUUUUCUUUUCUUGUUCAUGUCUGCUCUCUAAAAUGUCCAACUUUAUAAAUUUUACUACUAUUUUAAAUUAUAUUUCUUAUUUUGAUUAAUUAAAAGAUACAUAAUUGUUCCUCAGUAAUUUAUUGCACAAAACGCACAAGCUAAUAUUUUUUUUUUUUAAUCAA